AUGGGAUCCCUGUCACAUGUGACCUACUUCCAGAGCUUCGGGGUUUUUUGGGUCCGAGGGAGGCAGGGCAUAUUGGGUGACUCUGAAAUCAUGAAGAUUUUAAUCGACAAGACAUUUUACAAUUCCAUUUUAAGGAAAAAAUACAUCCGUUCACGAUUAAUCAGAGUGAGCCCAGAUGCUGAUGGUGUGAUGGCAGAAGCUUUGCUCACAUUCUGGUUCUCCUCCACGGAUUCUAGAGAAGCAUUGCGAGAAACAGUUGAAAAGAUCUUACGGAGGGGCCUGAAAAAAUACACAGGGCCCCUGCGAAUAAAUGUCAGAUCAUCUACCGUCUCAAGGCAACUAGUAAAUGAGCAGGGCAGCGAAAUUGUCUCUCGUGCCUUACAAGUGAUCGCUUCAAGGCAGGGCUUGCAACAUGUUGGCUGGCACAAUGGGAACAGCUAUGCUGUUGACCAGGCCAAAAAUGUCAAGCUAGUAACAAACGAAGGCAAGCCCCUAAUAAGAAACAUCCGGGUCCAGCAGGAUGGGGGAGACCCUGUGCCUGGUCCUCAGAGGAUACUGGCUGGUAUGGAGACGAAAAGAGCAGAAGCCCUCUUCAAUGACAUCUGUGGGUUACGGCAGAAUAAAUCAGUCAAGUCAAUGGCAAAAUCAUCAUCGUUGCGAAUAGUUGGCGGAUUGUCUUCUGCAGAGACCGGGGACUGGCCAUGGCAAGCUAGUUUGCAGUACAAUAAUAUCCAUCGCUGUGGUGCAACGCUCAUCAGCAAUACAUGGCUUGUGUCUGCAGCUCACUGCUUCAGAGACAUGAGUCACCCUCAGAAGUGGACUGCUACUUUUGGAGCUCUUUUGAAGCCACCAAGCUUGAAACGAUCAGUCAAGACUAUUAUUAUUCAUGAAAAGUACCGCUACCCAGAACAUGAUUAUGACAUUGCCCUGGUGCAGCUCUCUAAACAAGUUGAGUUUACGAGUAGCAUACACCGCGUUUGUCUGCCUGAGCCAUCUCAGACUUUUCCGUACAAUAUUUAUGCUGUCAUCACAGGCUGGGGAGCACUUACUAAUGACGGUCCAACUCCAAAUGCUCUUCAGGAAGCAACAGUGAAACUUAUCGACUCCAACACUUGCAACAGAAAAGAAGUGUACGACGGAGACAUAACACCCAGGAUGUUGUGUGCUGGAUACUUGGAAGGAGGAGUAGAUGCUUGUCAGGGGGACUCUGGGGGACCACUGGUUACUCCAGACUCUAGACUGAUGUGGUACCUCGUGGGAAUAGUGAGCUGGGGAGACGAAUGUGCCAAACCAAAUAAACCUGGAGUUUACACACGGGUGACUUAUUUCCGUGACUGGAUUACCUCAAAAACUGACAUCUAA